AUGGUACUGUAUGAUUGUUGGAAAACAGAACAAAAUCAGCCUGAGGUUACAGCAGGGUCCGGAGGCCAGGGUGCUGGUUAUAUUGAAGAUAAACCUAGUCAUGAUUCCACUCCAUGGAAGAAGAUUGAGCAGCACCAUGAUUCUGAGUCACCAGAACCCCAGCCUGAAAAUUAUUAUACAGAUGUUCUAGAUCAUUUACAUGAACUAGAUCUUGCAUUAGAGGAAGAAAUGUAUGUUGUGUCUGAUGAAGAGGGAGGCAGCAUUAUCUCUUUGAAAACAGCUAGAGAAUAUACAUCAGAUGAGGAAGAUGAACAGAGUGAUGGGACUACAAGUUUGUCUCAAGAUUGGUCAAGAAUGGAAGGUUUAGAAAGUGACCAAGAAAAACAUGAUCUGAUCUGCCUACACACACGGAACAGCAGCGCCAUGGAGGAAGAGCAAGAUAUUGCAACUAGCAUUUCGGUCCAACACUCAAUCAGCAGUUGUGAGAUCAACAUUCAGACAUCAAAACACCUAGUGCAACAAGCGUUCAGUGCCUUAGAUCACGUAAAGAAAAGUUAUCACCCUGCAAUUGGCACGGAGCAAAUGUCUGAGAAAGUGAAUCUGACAGGAGAUUCACAGCUUUUGGAGAAAACCCCUUGCACUAAAUUAUUAGGCUAUGAUGAAGUGGACUAUCAAAGGCAAAAUGUAAGGGGAAACAAAAGGAUUAAGUCAAGCAAUGAAGGUCAUCUGGUGAUCCCUGUGGCUGUGGCUCCUCCAACAUGCUAUGAACUACCAGUGUAUGUUGUGGAGAGGAGACCUUGUGCUGAUUCAGCUGAGCAUUUCGAAUCAGAAUUUGAAGUUCUUAGUCAUACUCAAGAUGAACAGACAGCAAUAACAAAAGGUUGCAGUUCUGAUGUUUUGAAAACAUCAGAGACGUUUGCGGAUGGGACACAAACCACAUGUUCAUUGAGGAAGCAAAUGAACGAUGAACAUGUUGGUUACAAAUCUGCAUGUGAUGAAAGCUUUACAUGUGCGCCAGACUACACGGGUAAACUGGCAACCAAGAGUAAGAAGAAAAUGAAUAUUUUAGCACAUGUUCACAAGAAAGAGAAUUACCCUGCACGUAAAGGUCGCAUAUCUAUGAGAAUCCCAUCACAGGGGAACCAGCAAGGAUCUAGAAAGCAGUGCAUGUACCUGUCAAGCAAUAGGCAAAUCCGCAUUACUCAAAGCUGUAACAUUGUACCAGAAGGAGUCAAGGUGAGACAGGAAAAAAACACUGAGGUUUCUCGAUUGACCAAUGCGGAGAAAACUCACAAUCAAAAUGAUGGUAGAGCACUAAAGGGAACACCUGCCAUCACCAGUUGGACAAAUGACAUGACAGACAUGAUUGAAAAGAUGGCAUCUGGAUGCCUGCCAGUUGGACAAGGGGACCCAAAUCUACGAGGACGGCCACAUACUGGGCAUGUGGAUGAAGAGGAAUUGUUUCGUUGUUUUGCAAAGCUACCGCGGAAAAGCAUGAAACAUCCUCAACCUUCCAAAAGUCAUCUUGUAAAUAGUAUGGAAGGUCAUCUGAAUCACCAACAAACGAAAUGCCACUUACACAAAACUCCAGAUAAGGAACUCAUUGACAGUGAUAGUAGCCUAGAAAUUGAUGAAUCUUCGCAAAGUGGUACAGGACAAAGAGAAUCUUUUGAUAGCCAGCAAUCGGGGUGUGGUGAAGAAGAGUUAAACGUAACAAACCUGGACAGAACGUUCAUCACAAGAAGUCCACAAAAGAAAGCUCAAAAGCAGGCCUGUGGGACGUGCCCAGCAGGCCAGACAAUACAAAUGAAAAGAAAAGAAACAUCCCAAAUCACAGAUGGAUGCCUGGCAGAAAUUGCCAAAUCUGAUACAAACAGAAAGAGUGAGUUACCUAAACCUAGAGAAAUUGAUAUUGAGUCCAAAAGAUUGUAA